GCACGUCCUGUUCCGCCUCUUCCCGUCGCCAGCUGCCCCCGGUGCUCACGCGUUCUGCUCGGAGUCGGGACCUCACGGGCAGGAAACAUGGCGCUCUACAACUUUAAGAAGAUCAUGGUGGUCCCCUCCUCUAAGGAUUUCAUCGAUUUAACGUUGUCAAAGACGCAAAGGAAAACACCAACAGUCAUCCACAAAAAUUAUCAGAUCCACCGCAUUCGGCAUUUUUACAUGAGGAAAGUAAAAUACACGCAGCAAAAUUACCAUGACCGUCUAUCUCAGAUUCUGACUGAUUUCCCUAAACUGGAUGAUGUGCAUCCAUUCUAUGCUGACUUAAUGAACGUGCUUUAUGACAAAGAUCAUUACAAACUCGCGCUGGGGCAAAUCAACAUUGCAAAGAACCUAAUUGACAAUGUCGCCAAAGAUUAUGUGAGGUUAAUGAAAUAUGGUGACUCACUAUACCGCUGUAAACAGUUAAAACGGGCAGCUCUUGGACGUAUGUGUACUAUAAUCAAAAGGCAGAAACAAAGUCUGGAAUAUCUGGAGCAAGUGCGACAACAUUUGUCACGUUUGCCCACCAUUGACCCAAAUACCAGAACCCUUCUCCUUUGCGGCUAUCCAAAUGUUGGGAAAUCCAGCUUUAUAAAUAAGGUGACCAGAGCAGAUGUAGAAGUUCAGCCAUACGCAUUUACUACUAAAUCCUUAUUCGUUGGUCAUAUGGAUUACAAAUACCUUCGGUGGCAGGUAGUGGACACCCCUGGGAUCCUUGAUCACCCUCUGGAAGAACGUAAUACUAUAGAGAUGCAGGCUAUCACAGCCCUUGCCCACCUCCGUGCCGCUGUCUUAUAUGUGAUGGAUGUUUCAGAACAGUGUGGACACUCCAUAGAGGAGCAGCUAGAACUCUUCAACAACAUCCGUCCUCUCUUUUCAAACAAGCCUCUGAUUGUUGUUCUGAAUAAAUGUGAUGUGAAAAGGAUUUCAGAACUUACCGAAGAACAGCAGAAAAUAUUCAAGGACUUGGAGAAGGAAGAGUUGCCAGUGAUUGAAACCAGCACUCUCACAGAUGAAGGGGUCAUUCAAGUUAAAACAGAGGCCUGUGAUAGACUGCUCACUCACAGAGUUGAAACUAAAAUGAAGGGAAACAAGGUGAAUGAUGUACUGAACAGACUGCACUUGGCUGUGCCAAGCAAACGAGAUGAGAAGGAGAGACCACCUUUCAUUCCUGAGCGUGCUUUGGCAAGAAAGAAACGCAUGGAAACUGACGCACCCAAGAAGAGACUAGAAAAAGAUCUUGAAAUGGAAAUGGGUGACGAUUAUAUUUUGGAUCUGCAGAAAUACUGGGAUCUCAUGAAUCCAACAGAAAGAUAUGACAAGAUACCAGAGGUCUGGCAAGGCCAUAAUAUUGCUGAUUAUAUAGAUCCUGAGAUUAUGAAGAAACUUGAAGAUUUGGAGAAAGAGGAGGAGCUGAAAGAAACUGCUGGAGAAUAUGACAGCGAUAUAGAAAGUGAGGACGAGGAAAUGACCGAGAUCAGACAGCUGGCUCACCAGAUCCGGGAGAAGAAAAAACUUAAAUUUCUUGAGUCAAAGGAGAAGGAUAAAAGUGGACCAAGACUCCCCAGAACUGCUAAAAAGGUUCAACGCAAGACAUUAGAGAAGGAGAUGGGUUCCCUCGGGCUCGAUAUGAGUGAGAAGGACGAGACACACUAUGCAACACAAGCAAGAUCAAGAAGUGUACAAAGAAAGCGUAAGCGUGAAGAAUCAGAACCACCAAGUUCCGUAACGCGCAGCAGAAGCAACUCAAGGCCCCCAAGGGACCAGUCUGGAGUUCGAGAUGUGAAGAUGGCAAGGAAAGCCAAUAAGAUCAUGAAAAACUCCCAGAGGAAAAUGAAUCGCAUGGGCAAGAAAGGAGAGGCUGACAGACAUGUGUUUGAUCUGAAGCCCAAACAUUUACUGGCUGGCAAAAGGAAAUCUGGCACAAAUGACAGGAGAUAAAUAUCUAACAAGCAUCAACGAGUCUUCUCAUUCUACAGCUCUAAGAACUUGUAUACAGGCCUACCAAUGGAAAGAGUGCUAUGCACUCAGCUGGAAUCCCUACCAGCUUUUAUUUAGAAUUUUCUCUACUACUUUACAACAGUGAAAUCAUAUAUUCACCAUGGGAUUUAAUUAAUUGCAUCUGAUAAAUAAAAGAUUAUACAAGACUUAUGGGUCAGCUAAUGAGAUUGUUUUGGUUUUUUAGCACGAAUGACGAUCUAACCCUGUGUAUGUCAUUUAUAGAUCAACUGUCUUAAGACUGAAGAAGGUGCCAUAUAUUUACCCGUAACCAUGUAUAGAGCGUGUUACUUUCCAAAGUUCCGUGUUACAUCCUGAAAUGUGUGUGGAUGCCUCUGUGACAUCCUUAAAUAAAUAACAUCAGAGUAUA